GCUCGCCGGUCUUCCACGUUUAUCGCGCCUCUCUGGUUACGUUUAUCGGCAACUGUAAAAAGUGAAAGACACGACGGAUUCUGGAAAUCAAAUCUACCACAUUACUUCUUGUGAAAAGCGAGAGCGAAAGUGACCACCGGACAAAAAAACAAAAUAUCUUGCUAAUUAGACGACACGCCAUGGGCACAACAACAAAUUGCGCCCAGAAAUUAUGAGUCAACUGAGGGGCCGAGUGUUGGUUUAAGUGACAGUGCGUGUUAAUUGCCAGAGGAACAUCAUUCCAAGCGGGGAAACCCGUUCGUCGCUCAACAAAUGGCCGUGAAAAGCGCCGACUAAGGAAGAGCCGCGCAAAAACUACAAGGAAAAUUAGCGUCAAGCCAGCAGACAAACUGCACUUGAAACAAUCUAAAGUUAACUGGAAAAUGUAUAAACAAACAUAGAGAAGCGAGUGUAGACGAAACAACUUUCAGCCGCAGCCGCCGCAGCAGAAAACUACAGUUAAGGUUUUGCGCGGCAGAAGAAUCUGGCCAGAGCGACGUGUGAAUGCAGGGGAGAUAGCAGUUAGCAGUAAGCAGCUAGCAGAUACCAGAUACGAGAAACAAGCGAUAUUGCAGUGCAAAAAGUCGACGACAACUGAACGAAAGGCAGGAGAGAAAGAGGCGAGAGAGCGACCGGUCUGCUUUAAGCCUGGCCAUGAUCUUGGCCAGCCGUUUGGGCCACAACACGAUCAGUUGUUUGCCAGACGCGCUCGCAUGCGCACGCGAAACGCGCUAACAGGUGAUUUGCAUAUCCGAAAGAUACAAGAUACAAGAUACAAGAUACAAGCUGCCUUCCACAUACGAAACCGUUAGGCCGUAGGUGUGCCGCGAUGAAGUAAUUGCAGCUAGCUAGAUAAUCGACUAUAGUAAAUAGAAAACGCGCUAAAUGCGGCAGCGAAAUUCCAAACAAACGAGUCCAAAACAAACACCGCGAAGAAAGUACAUUAAAGCCGUUCGGAAGAAUUGAGCUGCUACAAAAAAUCGAGCGUCAAUCAGUGGAAUUGUGUUUGCGUGCUAAGCCGAGAGCCUCAUAAAUUGAUUUGUCAAUUGGCUAACGAUUUCGCCAAUAAAGCCGGCCAUUGUGUCAGCCGAAGAGACCUGAGUUCCCGGGCACGUAGUCCCAGCGAAAUCAGCUAGAUAAACAGUUGGGCUGCAGCUAAAUUGCAGGGCCAAGGUGGAAUUGCAUUGCCAGCUCAAUUGCAGGUUGCAGGUGUGAAUCAGCCGUCAACAGUGCUAACUGGCCGAGUGAAACCGAAAAACGAAACCGAGAAUGCCCAACACACACAGUGAUUUGCCCCAUAAUUGGAGCCCCGGUGAGAGCCAGCGUCAGUGGACAACAUCCUCGAGUAGAAAUCGCACCUGCAAUCACAGCCACCCAGUGAGCAUGGCCAGAUCAAAGCGUAGCUACCUGAUUUUCCUCCUCUUGAUCUGCCUAAUAAACGCGGCCGUCGAAGCGGAUGGGACGGUUCGGAAUGGCCGUCGUGGUCGCCACAUCUCCACCACUCCUCUGAACCACCUGGAAGUGGAGGCUGAUGAGAUGCAGGAGGCUGAUGAGACGGUGACCGAGCCGGCGACGGAUUCCUCAGCGGAGUCAACGGAACCGCCAACGGAAGAGUGGCAGCCCAUUGAGAACAUUACUGAGAUUCCGGCCAGGAUAGACAGAGUGGCCCCCGCCGACUCCCUGCUCCUCCGUCUGGCCAGGCGGUUCACCAGUGGAAACGAGCUGUGGGAUGGCCUUGUUCGCGACUGCUACCUGAAGCCAGACGUGUCCUGCUUCCAGAAGAACGUCUUCAGCUACCUGGACAACGCUCUGGAUGUGCAGGACGUCAAUGUGACACAGAGGCUCAAGUUCUUCAGGAACCAAGUGGACUACGAGGAGGAGAAGGAAAAGGAGGAACAUUCGGAGGCACGUGCCGCAGCCGGUGCGGAAACCCCGAUCGAGGAAGUGACCAGCGCUCUAUAUGGCAAGAGCAUUAAAUUCGCAAUGACCCACGAUCUGGAGGUGGACCUGCCAGAGGUUAUGUUCAACGGCGCCACAUUUCGCAUCUCGCCGCGGGCCAUCGAAGGCAACGGAAUCAUCGCCAAGCUGGAGCUCAUUCCCAAACAGGUAGUCAAGGCCCGACUCGCUGGCGCGAUAAUCCAGAAGAAGAUACAAAAAUUUCUACGCAGCAAACUGGUGCUGUCAUUCCUGGCCUUGCUGCUGAUCAUUAAAAUCAUCAAGAUCAAGUUGUUCUGGCUGCUGCCAAUCGUCAUCGGAGUCGGAGCGGCCAAGAAGCUGCUCCUCAAGUUCCUGCUCUUCCUGUUCCCGGCUCUUUCGCAUCUCUUCAAGCUGUGCUCGCACUACCAACAGGUCUACCACGCACCCGCUAAAUACCACCACCAUCAUCAUCUCAUCGAUCAUCACCACACGGUGGUUCCGCCAUGGCAUAGUGGAGAGCACCACUCGGUUCCGGAGAUCAUCUACACCCACCCGCCGAAGGGUCACCCGUCCGCGUAUCUCCAUGGAGCUCCGGUGCACGAGAGCUACGGUCCCGGGUUCGAGCACUUUGAGGGCGCCUGGGAGAACAGUGGACCCGGUCUGGGAUCCGAAUACAUAGGCGAUAUAAAUCGCGUUGCACAAAUAGAGGAGAAUGCGCAUUACUUUAAGCCCCACCCGGCGAACGAUGCCGGGGUCCUGCAUGCUUGGGGCCUGGGCACCACCACACAGAAACAACAGCCACACCAGCAGUCGCACCAGGCACACCAGAACCACCAGGCACACCAGCAACAUCAGGGUCAGCAGCAGGCACGUUGGCCACCUGCCACCCAGCAGUCGAGGCCACCCACGCAGCAGAAGCAGCAGUCGCAGCAGCAGCAGCAGCAGCAGCAGCAACAGCUCAGGCUUCAACAACUGCAGCAGCAAUUAAGUGCUCAGAAAGCACAAGCCUCUAGUCACAGUUUAAACCCAUUUCAAAGUCAGGACAAACAAAGCUCAAGGCCGUCACACUCGCAGCCCCAUCCGGUCUUCGUUCCGGGACACCAUCCACCUCAAAGUGGGCCAGGACUCUCGGCGGCGGCCACAAUUGCUGCGCAAUAUGACCCGGCGCGCAACAAUCAGCAGCAGCAGCAGCAGCAGCAACAGCAACAAAAUCAGGAGCCCCAACUCCCUCCCGAAUUGGCCGCCCAGCUGAAGGAGGCCAUCCGCAUUCAGGCCGAGCAGCGAAUUAUCCAGCAACAGCAGAAGAUUCUAGAGCACCAGCCAUUCGUGCAGGACGGACAGCCGCUGUAUCCGCUCAACUACGACCCCUUCUACAGUCCCAUUCUGCUGAAAAUCGACAAAAUCGUCGAGCAGCUGGGCGUGAAGAACGACCUGUGCAAGGAGCGCAUUGUGUGCAGCAUGUACAAGGACCCUUCCACCUACAGUCCGCACAGCAACUUCAUUUCCGCGGAACUGAGUCGCGAUACCAGCGAACUGGAGCCCGUAACGCAUGCGAAUGAGGCAGUGCGUCGCUUUUACCGGCUGAUUCAGGCUGCCCGCGAUGGCCAGGAUCAAAAGGACUGCCAAAGCCUGUAUCCACAGUGCAACAUGCCGGCCAAGUGAGCCGGAGGUCCUAAAUCCUCGAGAGAGCGAGACGCUGAAAGAGUACGAGCAACUUUGAAGUCAACUUUUCCUUGUUAAAAACCGAACUGUAAAUAGGAUAAUUAACCUAGACUAAGAUUAAUUUAUUGUUAAACUCUUAUUUAUUUAUUGAUUUAUUGUAGUCUAAGGUUCGCCUACCUAUGUAUAUUUAUUCUCUUCGGUCACCCAAACACUGCAUUAAUAUUCAUUCUGAUUUUGUUGAAAUUUGCUUACACAUUAUUCACUAGAAUCGGCUGCGGUCAGGACACUUUUUAAAUUUGAAACACACGUGAAUUUCACACGAAUAUUUCACAGAUCAUUUACUAAAAAUAAAAAAAAAAUGAAAUCAGAAUAUUUAUUAAUUGACGGUCAAACGGGUGAGCCUGAAAAUUCAAUUAGUCAAUACACAAAAAUUGUUAUUAGAGUUUUUGUCGCCAACACAUAAAAUGAAAAAUAAAUUGAAAUUGUGUUAUACCUA